AUGGAUCAGCAACGAUUCCUGCAGCAAUUGCAGAUUAUCCUGGAUCCCUCCCAGGGUAAUGUUAAGGAGGCGACCGGUGUCCUGCAGAAGGAGUUUUACACCCAGCCUCAGUCCCUCGUCCUCCUCAUCCAGAUCGCCACCGCCCAUGACGAUUCCAACCUUCGUCAGCUGGCUGCCGUUGAGGCCCGCUCCCUGGUCUCUAAGCACUGGCUGAAGGUCGGUGUUAAUGAGAAGCCCCAGGUCCGUGAGCAGCUUCUUCGCUCUACCAUGGGCGAGAGCUCCUCUUUGGUCCGUCACUCCAUCGCUCGUAUCAUCUCGGCUGUUGCUAAGAUUGAUCUGAACGAUGGUGAGUGGGCUGAGCUCCCCAACAUCCUGCUGCGCGCCGCGGACAGUGGCAACCAGGAUGAGCGUGCGGUCGCUAUCUACAUCCUUUUCACCAUUCUGGAGACUCUGGGUGAGAGCUUCGAGGAGAAGUUCCAGGAUCUCUUCACCCUGUUUGGCAAGACCAUCCAGGACCCCGAGUCUGCUGAGGUUCGCAUCAACACCUUGCUGGCUUUGAGCAAGCUCGCUAUGUACCUUGAGCCUGAGCUUCACCCUGGUCCCGUUAAGGCUUUCCAGGAUAUGGUUCCCUCUAUGGUUGCCGUUCUCAAGAACGCUAUCGACCAAAGCGAGGAGGACCGCAUCAUGCAGGCUUUCGAGGUCUUCCAGACUCUGCUGGGCUGUGACCCCGCUCUGUUGACCAUCCACCUGAAGGACCUGGUCAUCUUCAUGAACGAGAUUGCUGCCAACACUGAGGCCGAUGAGGACACCCGUACCCAGGCCAUCAGCUUCUUGAUGCAGGUCAUCCAGUACCGCAAGAUGAAGGUCCAGGGUCUUCGUAUUGGUGAGCAGCUUACUCGCACUGCUCUGCACAUUGUCACCGAGUUGGAUGAUGACUCUUCUGCCGAUGACGACAUCACCCCUCCUCGCUCUGCCCUGGCCUUCCUUGACCAGCUCUCCCAGAGCCUGCCCCCUGCUCAGGUCGUUGUUCCUCUGCUCCAGGCUCUUGGCCAGUACUUCUCAAGCGGCGAUGCCAACUACCGCCGUGCUGGUAUCCUGGCUCUGGGUAUGUGUGUCGAGGGUGCUCCUGACUUCAUUAGCACUCAGAUGAAGGAGAUCUUCCCUAUGGUUCUGCAGCUCCUUGCCGACCCUGAGUACAAGGUCCGCAUGGCCUCUCUCCACACUGUUGCUCGUCUCGCUGAUGACUUGGCUGAAGACCUUUCCGCUGAGCACCAGUCCCUCAUGCCUCUGCUGUUCCAGAACCUCACCACUGCUAUGCAAGAGUACAAGGGUGAGGAGGAGGGUCCUAUUGUCGACAUCCUCAAGGCUGGUAUCAGCGCCAUCGAUGCCGUCGUUGACGGUCUCGACGAGAAGGAUGUUGCCCCUUACCAGGGCGAGCUCGUCCCCAUUCUCCAGAACCUCUUCAAGCACCCCGACUUCAAGAUCAAGUCUCUUGCUGCUGGUGCUCUUGGAUCUCUGGCCUCCUCUGCUGGCGACUCCUUCCUCCCCUUCUUCGACGACUCUAUGCACUUGCUCCAGGAGUUCGCUGCUGUCAAAGACUCCGAGGAGGAGCUUGACCUCCGCGCCAGCGUCACUGAUGCUAUGGGUGAGAUGGCCGCCGCUGCCGGCCCCGAGCGUUACCAGCCUUACGUUGAGCCUCUGAUGCGUGCUACCGAGGAGGCUCUUAACCUCGGUCACUCCCGUCUCAAGGAGAGCACUUACAUCUUCUGGGGUGCCAUGUCCAAGGUUUACGGCGAGCACUUCACUCCCUUCCUCGAGGGUGCUGUCAAGGGUCUCUUCGCCUGUCUUGAGCAGGACGAGACUGACUUCGACGUCUCCCUGGGUGAACACGGCAAGGACCUCGUCGGUCAGGAGGUUACCGUUGCUGGCCACAAGGUCAAGGUUGCCAGUGCGGACGAUGAUGACGAGUUCGAUGGCGAGAUUGAGGAUAUUGACAUUGAGGAUGAUGAGGAUGCUUGGGAUGACAUCACUGCCACCACUCCCCUCGCCCUUGAGAAGGAGAUCGCUGUUGAGGUCAUUGGUGACCUGGUUACCCACACCCGCAGCUCUUUCCUGCCUUACUUCGAGCAGACCAUUGAGCAGGUUAUGCCCCUGGCUGACCACCAUUACGAGGGUGUUCGCAAGAGCACCAUCAGCACUCUUCACCGCUCUUAUGCUAUGCUGUACACCAUCGCUGAGGAGAGUGGCCAGAUGGCCAAGUGGCAGCCUGGCCUUCCCCUUCAGGUUCAGCUUCCUAGCCAAGUUGCCAAGUUCGGUGAGAUCCUCAUGACUGCCACCAUCAAGAUGUGGACUGAGGAAGAGGACCGUGCUACCGUCGCCGAUAUCAACCGCAACAUGGCUGAGAACCUCCGCUUCUGCGGUCCUGCUCUCAUUGCUGAUGAGUCUGUGCUUACCAACGUGAUCCACCAGAUCACUGACAUCAUCACCAAGAAGCACCCUUGCCAGCAGGAGUUCGAUGACGAGGAUGAGGUCGCUGACGAGACCUCCGAGUUCGACUGGGUCGUUAUCGACACCGCCCUUGAUGUUGUCUCUGGCCUGGCCACCGCUCUGGGCGAGAGCUUCUCUGAGCUCUGGAAGGUGUUUGAGCGCACCAUCCUCCGCUACGCCAGCAGCAGCGAGUCUCUUGAGCGUGCCACCGCUGUCGGUGUCCUCGCCGAGUGCAUCAACGGCAUGGGCGGCGCUGUCACCCCUCUGACCUCCACCUUCCUCAAGCUGCUUCUGCACCGCCUUGGCGAUGAGGACCCCCAGACCCGCUCCAACGCCGCUUACGCUGUUGGUCGCCUGGUUGAGCACUCCAACGCUGAGGCCGAGAUGGCCAAGGAGUACCCCACUAUCCUCACCCGUCUCGAGCAGUGCUUGCAGAUGGACGUCUCCCGUCUGCAGGACAAUGCUACUGGCUGUCUCAGCCGCAUGAUCCUGCGCAACCGUGCUGCCGUCCCUAUCCAGCAGGUUCUCCCUGUCCUUGUUGGCAUCCUUCCCCUGAAGAAUGACUACGAGGAGAACGAGCCCCUCUACCGUAUGAUCUGCCAGAUGUACAAGUGGGAGGAUGCUACCAUCCGUGAGCUGACUCCUCAGCUCUUGCCCAUCUUCCAGGCUGUCCUGACCGGUGAUGAGGACCAGCUCGAGGAUGAGCGCCGCGCCGAGCUCAUUGAGCUUGUGAAGUGGCUCAACCAGAUGCAGGCGGGCAUUGCCCCCUGGGUCAACCAGCUGUAA